GUUCCUCUCUGCGCCGUAGCUCGUAGCCAUUGGUCCGGCCACUUAUUGGACAGUUUGCAAAUGUUUUUCUAAAAGAAAUUUCCCUAACCAAUAUCCGACAACGUUAUUGGUAUCAGUGGAAUAUCUAUAAACAUUUUCCCCAUAAAUUUAUAAACGAAUUGUGAGAGAAUUGACGCUUUGACAGAUGGAUAUGUGACACGCGUAUUUCCAUUAAAUAAAUACAAGGGUUAUCGUGUCAUGAUCGGAAAGAUACAUCUCAAUCUGAGGGAGAGCCAAGAUGAUAGAAAUCACAGCAAAACUCGUUCGAGGGCCAGUGUAUUUUUCCGGAGAGAUUGUAGAAUGUUUGGUCACGUUUACUAACCCCCUGAAUCCAAAUCAUCAAAUUUCACAAAGUCACAAUGAUUUAUUUGAGAGUCUUGCAUGGGCGAGUGCACAGGUCCAUUGCCAGUGUACAACAAAUAACAAAAUGGUACUUUUUGAGAAAAUAAAUGCUACAGCUCGCUCAAUGGCAAUUAAUGCAAAUACUACCUUUGCACCAUGGCAACAAGAUAAUGGACAUGUAGUACUGAAUACAAAGCCAAAAAUCUUAUGUUGUGAUUUAAGAUUGUUACCUGGGGAAAGUAAGACUUAUACUUAUCGUGAAACGAUACCAAGUGAUGCUCCACCUUCGUAUAGAGGACAAGCUGUAAAAUAUUCUUACAAGAUUACAAUUGGAACACAAAGAGUGAAUACAGUAAUAAAACUGUUACGAGUACCAUUCAGAGUGCUCUCUUUAAGUGAAUUGCCAGAGAUAACUGCAUGUAACGAUAGCGUAGAUUUGAGUCCAAACAAUCCAUUUAUGGAAACGCAGCAUAGGGAAACUCCAUUAGAUAUUGCCCUACAAACGCUGCAGAAUUUAACAGCCAGACGUACUCCAAAUUUUUACAACGUGACGAAUAGCCGCGGACGCGUGGUACGGUUCUGCCUCUUCAAGAAUUCCUACAAACUUGGCGAGGACAUAGUUGGAACCUUUGAUUUUUCGAAUGCGACGGUAUCCUGCGUUCAGGUAUCUGUGUCUUUACAGUCGGAGGAACAUGUGUCAGAGGAGUACAAGCGAGGCAAGACCGCUACGUCGACAUUGAUUAGCUACAACAAGCAUCACGAGAUGUGUCUUGGUCUUAAGUAUUCGCAUUUGGUGCUACCAAUACCUUUGCACGUCACACCGGAUUUUACUACCGAUUUGGUGACGCUCAAGUGGCGGUUGCACUUCGAGUUCGUCACGACACCGAAGCUGAUGGACAUGCCUAACGAGAACACUAUAAGCUGGCACGGACCGUCGACUCUGGAUGUUGAAACGAUGAUCUGGGAUCUUCCAUUGCACAUUCAUCCAACCACUACUCCGCCGAACAUGGCGCAACAGACGAAAUAUAACACUAUCAUAUAGGUACCACAGCGUAUACGCAUACUACUUAUCUAGUGCAAAGAAGUGAAUUUUUGCUUUGGUGCAGUCAACGUAUUACGAAAAUAAUGUACAAUUACAAUAGUAAAUUCUGCAUUUCGUGAUUUUCGUAUGCUUUGGUAAGUAUACGAUUGUAUUGUUACUUCCUGAUAUUUUAAAACAAUUUUUUAUUCUGUAUGGUAAUUUAUUAUAUAUGAGAAAGAUAUAUUUUCGCAUAUUUAUGUAUAUAAAUAAAAAAAGUUAUGUAAUAAUGUUAGAA